CAGUUAACUAUUAACAUUUAACAGUAGCAAUUCCCUCCGACUCUUUCUCUUCAAUCUCUCUGGUGGCGUCACUUUCUCCGGCCAAAAACCAGAACCAAAAUAAAAAAAAAGCCAUCUUUGACUUUUUUCUGAACUUCUUUUUUUAGCUUCUCUCUCUACAGACAUCGUUGUCAGUCCAAUGCUUUUCUUUUUCUAUUAUUUUUUAUUAUUCAGAGAUUAAAAUAAGAAGAGGAAGGAGAAGAAGCAGCAGCAGCCAGAGCUUCUGCUCGGGAUCGAUGCUUUAAAGUAUUACUAUUGCUGUUUGGGUGAAGAUGAUACUGGAAGAAAAGUGCGAGAGAGAAAAAGAGAGACAGCUUGCUGCUAUUCAGCUGGGCAUUAAUUGCAGAGUAGAGUACAGAUAUAGAGAGAGAGUCUCUCUGCCUGCCGCUCUCUCCAAAACACUGAAGAACUUGGGCUUUUGAUUAAAUCCUUUCUAUUAUUAUUCUAAAUUAUAAAUUUCCCACUUAAAUUCAUCUAUGGACAUGGAAUGUUCUCCAUUUACUUCUUUGCAGUGAGUUUUUUUUUUUUUUGAACAGAGUGCAUGCUGAUUCUGAUUCUGAAAGAGUAAAAGGAAGCUACUAAUCCUCUACAAGUUAAUCAAAAAGUUUAACGAAUGGAAGGCAUCUUUUCUUUCCAGGAUUAGUUCAUAUGCUGAUAUGUUAUCUUGACUUCAUUAUUCUUUGUUUUUCUGAGAUCACACUCUCUUCAGUUCAGUGCCUUAUGCUUGAAGACGGUGAACAAGUAUUAUGCCAUGGAACUAUUGACCAUAAGCCUGGCUCCAAACAUUUUGGAUGCAGCAAUAUUGCUUUGGACUCCACUGGACUUAAAUCUGGAAAUGGGAUUGUAAAUGAAGAGCAGAAUGGGGCCUUCUGUGAUUUGAAGGGAAGGGAAAGCAAUUCAGAUCAUUUACAAUAUACUGUCAAUGACGAAAAUAAUUGGACUGCCUCAAAACUCGAUUCCUCUAUGAGGGCAGAUGCUUUGACAGAUGAUAAUGAGAAGGAAGUAAGAGAUUUCGUGGCACCAAUACCAUUAUCUCUUUCUUCACUGAAAGUUGAAUCAUUUGAAGGCGACUCAGUUUUCUAUGUAGACAAAAAUGUGAUGGAACCGGAACUGCCUGAGUUGGUUGUUUGUUACAAGGAGAAUACUUACCAUGUAAUUAAGGACAUCUGUAUUGAUGAGGGAGUUCCCUCCAAGGACAAGUUCUUGUUUGAUACAAUAGAUGAGAAGAAUUUGCGUACACUUCUGUUUCAUGAGAAGCACAGAAAUAGUGAGGUCAGAAAAGAAACCGCUGACCAAGAUAUAUUUAUUCCAGAAUCUCUGAAAUCUUUGCCAGAAGAUGAGAAGUCGGCUCUUGAUUUGCCCAUUCCCGAUGUUUUUAUAUCUUCAGCGGAAAACGGUUCUAAAAAUGAAAUUUCCCUUCAUGAUUCUGAGGAGUUUAUGACAACAGGGAAAAUAGAGGAUGAUACAAUGGAGGAAAUUGCAAAUGGUAAAUCCAAAGAGAUUUUUUCACUGGGAGAAUUGCUUUCAAUGCCAGAGGUGGGUACAGAGCUUUCCCAACCCAAGUUUUCCCAUGAUAGCAUGCAUGAAGCUAAACAGCAGCCUAUUCAGAGGCCAAGUGAGAACACAAUCUUAGCGACAGCUUCUUCCUGUGAUGAAGCUAAAAAUGGCAAUGAGCUAACAUCCUUCGUGAGACCUAUGGUUCCUGCAGCUGAAGUAUCAGAUUGUCAUCAUGACGAAGAAAUCUCAAGAACCAAAGCAUUGGACCAUAGUUAUGAUGAAGCUGUCUUAGCAAGUCCUGCUCUGAAUUCUGCUACCCAAGAAUCUGAAAAAGUUUGCGAAGGAGAAAAAUUAGCGAGCCACAAUUUGAGUUCUGAGCGUGAAUCAACCAAUAUAAGUGGCUGUGGAUUAGCUAACAAUAGUAAUGUGAAGUCUGAAAGCAUAAAUUUUUAUACACCAGCAAGUGCAGGAGAGGAGGAUUCUCAAAAUGGUGGCUCUGAAAAUCUUAAUUCUCGCUCAUCCAGGCUUGAAGAGACAAACACAGAGCCAUGUACAAGUCAACUUCAACAUGGUAUUGGAGAGUCAAGCUUUUCUGCUGCAGGUCCUCUAUCAGGUCUGAUAAGUUAUUCAGGGCCAAUUGCAUAUUCUGGCAGUCUCUCUCUUAGAUCGGAUAGCAGCACAACCAGCACUCGCUCUUUCGCUUUCCCAAUAUUGCAAUCUGAAUGGAAUAGCAGUCCCGUGAGAAUGGCUAAAGCUGACCGGAGACGUUUCCAGAAGCAGAGGAGUUGGAAGCAGGGGCUUCUUUGCUGUAGAUUCUGAAUGCUCUGUUCUGUUAAUAGCUUGAAGUCAAAAAAAUAUAUACACAUCAUUAAUUAUUACAAUUUUUAUUAAUGAUUUAGAGUAGUACAAAAUAUACAUAUUUCUGGUUUCUCUUGCUUGGGAUGUAUGUGCAGUAGGUUACAUUGGCCAUGCUUUUAGGUUUGGUUUCUUGCAUGCCAGUUGAGAUAUAAGCAAAUAUCUUUUAGUUUUGUUAUUUUUUUUCUUUUUUUUUAUCUAACCCAUCCUACAUUUGUUCUUUUC